AGUAGCUGAGGUGAUGUGUGUGAUUCUACACUUUGAAGGGAGUGUCAGAAAUCCAUCUUGUGGUGAAGGAGACACCAGACAGGAUCAGGAGAAAUGGCCUUCAGUGGAACGUGGCAGGUUUACUCUCAGGAGAACUAUGAGGAGUUCCUCAGGGCCAUAUCACUACCCGAGGAUGUCAUCAAGCUGGCCAAAGAUGUCAAACCUGUGACAGAGAUCCAACAGACAGGCAACGACUUUGUCAUCACCUCAAAGACCCCUGGAAAAUCGGUCACUAACUCCUUCACCAUCGGGAAGGAAGCUGAAAUCACCACCAUGGAUGGAAAGAAGCUCAAGUGUGUUGUGAAGCUGGAGGGAGGAAAGCUCAUCUGUGAGUCAGACAAGUUCUCACACAAGCAGGAGAUCAAGGGUGGAGAGAUGAUCGAGACAAUGACUGUAGGAGGAACCACCAUGGUCAGGAAGAGUAAAAAGCUGUGAUGUGACUUGGCCUGCUGAAAAUGUCUCCAAUCGAAAACAUGCCAUCUAUUUAAAUAAACCUCUCUUUUGUCAAAA